AUCGUUGCGAAGCUUCAAACAGCAUUGGCACAAUCGGAAGUAGAGAUGUCCAAGUUAGAGCAGUUGUAACUCAGAAGUACGAAAUUCGUCUGUUUGACGAAUUUGUUCUUCGUGGAAACAUGGCUGUUCUACGGUGCCCUAUACCGAGCGCAGUAAGUGAUUACGUCAAGGUUAUUUCUUGGGAACGAAUCGAUGGUUUCAUGAUAACACCAAACUUGGACAAUGGCAAAUACGGAAUGCUUGAAAAUGGAGAUUUAUAUUUACAAGAUACAUCAGAUCAUGAAAACUCAUUUAGCUACAGAUGUCAUACAGAAAAUAUUAUCACCAGAGAAAAAAAAGUCAGUACGAAUUAUUCAAGAAUAAUAGUGACAGAACCUCAUCACGGCCAGCCACCAAGAAUAAUGCAGCGGUCCAGCAUUGUAAAUGUCCCUGUUGGUGAAAAAACUACUUUGUCUUGUGUAUCACAAGGAUAUCCCGUUCCAGUAUACAGAUGGCACAAAAUGGUUGGGAAUCAGCCCGUGUCACUCCAAAUGAGUUCGUCUGCAAGGCAGGAUGGUGGUGUUUUGAUUUUCUACAAAGUCUUAUCUACGGAUGGUGGAAGAUAUGUGUGUCACGUGAGUAACACAAUGGGAGAAGAUUCCGUACAAACAGAGCUCGUUGUCGAAGAAUCACUCCAAGUAGCAAUAUCUCCUAGAGAAUUGCAAAUGGAUGUCGGUCGUACUUCCACGUUCAACUGUAAUGUUUCUGGGAGUCCCUUAGGAUCCGUACUUUGGAAGAAAGAUAUGAGAUUGCUGUCAGCAAAUCCGCGAAUAAGUUUUCCCUCCCCGUAUGUGAUACAGGUGAAGCAGCUUAAGAGGCAAGAUGCGGGAAUGUAUCAGUGCUUUGUGUUCAGGGACUCAUUCUCUACGCAGGCAUCAGCAAGACUUAUUAUUGGUGAUCUAGCUCCAAAGUUUAAAUCUACAUUUUCUGAGAAAACAGUUCGACCUGGAAGUUAUGUGUCUUUGUCCUGUGUAGCAACAGGAAAUCCAGAACCACACAUUCGGUGGUCUUUAGACAAUAUUUGGCCACUAUCAACCAGACCUGGGACGCUAGUGAACUCAUAUUUAAGUAGUGAAAGUACUGUGACUAGUUAUGUGAACUUUACUUCAGUUGACAUAAUUGAUAGUGGCAUUUAUUCCUGUGAAGCACUAAACGAUGCCGGAAAAAUAAAAAGUUCCAAUAGGCUGAAUGUGUUUGGACCAAUUUUUAUAAGACCACUGGAUAAUUUAACUGCACUUGCUGGUGCAACGUUUAAUGUGAUUUGUCCAUUUGGAGGAUUUCCAUAUGAAUCCAUCACUUGGAAAAAGGAAGGAAGACCGCUGCCUGUGAACCAAAGACAAAUAGUUUACCCCAAUGGCACUCUUCAGAUUAUGGAUGUCCAACCGGGAGUCGACAAUGGCCAUUACAGCUGUGAGGUUAUAUCCGGUCAAGGGAUGCAGCCCGCAUCUAGAACAUUCCGUGUCGUCGUUCGAGCUGGACCAAAGCUUGCAAGUUUUGCUUUUAGAGACAAUCUUCAUGAGGGUAUGAGAACCGCUGUCACGUGUAUAGUCCUGGCCGGAGAUGGUCCUUUGAACACCAGGUGGCUAAAGGAUGAGCGUCCAAUCACAGAACAAGAGCUUAACGUGAAUAUUUUACAGGAAGAUGAUGGUUUUAUAUCGACCUUGACAUUUAAAAAUUUAACCUACAAGCACAACGGAAAUUACACUUGUGUUUCUACAAAUGAUGUUGCAUCUGGUUUCUAUAGCAACACUCUUACCGUCAAAGUUCCUCCGCGAUGGAUGCUUGAGCCCAGUGAUCUUUCCACUGUCGCAGGGCGACCAGCUCGAAUUGAUUGUCAAGCAGAUGGUGUUCCACAACCUCACGUCCGAUGGAAAAUGGCUACAAGUCAACCUCCGGAGCAAUUCAAAACCAUUGUUAGCAGUUCCCAUAUACACAUUCUAGUCAAUGGAUCUCUAAAUUUUCGAAGCGUAGAAGCAACAGAUGCAGGGCAUUACUUAUGCGAAGCUAAUAAUGGAGUCGGCCCUGGUUUAAGUGCUGUCGUCCGUUUGACUGUGCACAGUGCACCACACUUUCUGACGAAGUUUUUAGUUGUAACUACACGAAGAGGAGAAAGGGCUGCCAUUGAAUGUAGUCCCGAGGGUGAUCAGCCAUUGUCUUUUAUAUGGAGAAAAAAUGGAAUAAUUAUUGAUCUUACAAAAGAAACAAGGUAUUCUCAACUGACGGAGACUGUUGCCGAUGGAGUGAGAUCAAAAUUAAUUAUUGAAAAGUCUGAACGUAAAGAUUCCUCCCUAAUAACUUGUACUGCAUCCAAUGAUUAUGGAGAGGAUUCUAUCAACAUUCAAAUAACAGUUCAGGACAUACCAGAUGCUCCUCAACAUCUAGAAAUACAUGAUGUCAGUAGUCGAAGUGUUCGUCUCUCCUGGAAACGACCUUUUGAUGGAAAUUUCCCAAUAACGAGAUAUACAAUUAUGUGGAGGCAAACAGAUGGACAAAAUGCUGGCGGUCCUCUGCACGUACCUGGAAGCGAAACAACGAUAAUUAUACGAGGAUUACGACCCAAGACAAGGUACUUCUUUCGAGUAAAAUGUGAAAAUGCAUUAGGAGAAAGUCAAUAUGGAGCUGAAGUUGCUGUUACGACUCUGGAAGAACCACCGUCCAGUCCACCGCAGAUGGUUAAAGCAUUUGCUGUUUCUUCCAAGUCAAUAAAUGUAACAUGGCAGACAAUCGCUGAUGACGUCAGCAGCAUUGACGGGUUUUACGUUGGCUAUAAAAUACAAAGAAGUCCAGAAACAUAUACGUACAAAUCCGUGGAGUUAAAAGAAGGUAUAAACCAAAACCUAGAAAUACAAGACUUAAACAGGUAUACGGAGUACAGUAUUGUCGUACAGUCAUAUAAUAGCAGAGGAGCUGGGCCUCCUUCUGAUGAAGUUAUAGUACGGACCUUGGAAUUCGAUCGUCCAAAUCCUCCCAUUAUGAGGACUUAUUCGGCUACAGCCAAGUCUGUCAAGUUGUCAUGGGACCCAAAAAAUAAUCCAAAUGCUCCAGUUUCAGGGUAUUUACUAUUUCACCGAAUGGAUGGCAAUCAAUGGCAGGAAACGCAACUUACGGGAGAUAGAUCCGUGCACACUCUAAAAGACUUGCAGUGUGGGACAUCGUAUUCAUUUUACCUAGUAGCAUAUAACGCAGCGGGAAGAGGAAAUAACAGCGAAGCUAUUUCUGCAAAAACUGACGGCAGCCCUCCUAUAGCUCCCGAUAAGCGCCUCCUUCUGUCUGUAAACUCAACAGCUGUUAGCAUCAAUUUGAACAGCUGGCAUAAUGGUGGAUGUCCGAUAAAUGGUUUCGUCAUACAGUACAGACCCAAUGGCCAACAAGAGUGGACAUUAGUAAGCAAUAACAUUAUUCCUGAUCAGCAGAAUAUAACCAUCACUGAUUUAGUGCCUGGAUCAUGGUAUUCGCUUCUAAUGACUGCCAGAAACGAUGCUGGUUCAACAGAUGCAGAAUACAUUUUUGCUACUCUAACCCUAUCAGGAGAAUACCCACCUCGGCCAUCAAAAGUAAGUGAUAUGAGUGGAUCGUUCUACCGCCAUCUGACAAUAACUGUACCCGUUGUCAGUUCCAUCAUUGUACUGUUAGUGGUAAUGUGUGCAGUUUGCUUCAUAACCAGGCGGCAUACAUCAGGAACAGGUCAAAGAAGGAUAAAUAGUGACAGUGAGAGUAGAGAUCCAGUAAAAUCCGAUAAUCUUCCUCUUUCUGUUACAUAUGACUCAGGUCAUGAACCAGCUUAUAUCCCAGCACCAUAUGCUACAAGCAGAGUGUCCAACUACAGUAGAGAGCACUGUAUAGUACCAGGGGGAAACGUGGAGAAUGUUGGUACCUUCGGUAGCACUAGAAGUGGAUAUACGUAUAAUGUGCCAAAUCCACCCAGACGUAUUGAAAAGGGGGAAUGCAUAUAUGAGUCUCCGAAGAUAUACCUGGCUGGAUAUCAUCAUACAGAAAUACGAACUCAUUGUGAGCAUCCAAUUUAUGAAGUCCCAGACAGAGGAAGAAUGAAAUUAGAGAGUUCAAGAUCUUGGCGAGAAUCCGGAGAUGGGGAUUCUAGUUCCGGAUCAGAUAACGAAGACCUUUUGUACACUCUCCAUUCACCUGAUGAUAGAAUUAUACGAGACGAAGCCAGGGAAUCAGAAACAGAAUGUGAUAGGCUGUGGAAGACUUUUGAAGCGAAUCAAUAUGAAGGAAGUAAGCGAUGGAAAACUGAGCACACAGUAUUAGCAUAACAUAAACGAUGUCCUGAAAUAUGAUCAGAUUUUAGAUAAAAAGUCAAAUGUACAGCUGUAUCCUGAGCUUAAAAUGAUUUCGGAUUAUAUUGUUCUUCCUGGUUUUUAAGGGUGAUUCGUCGGUGCUUCGUGUUUUUGUUGCUGAAGCUAUUAACAUGUUGAAUUAAGC